GCAGCGGCAGCGCCACCAACUUUUAAUGUAGCGUUUUGGUUGAUUUUAAGUUUAGUUAGAAAUUUAACAGCGCGCUUGUUAGACGUCCAGGUGCGCAGCGUGGAAAUCAGUUAAAAUAACAAUACAAUAAUAAAUCCGAAAAAAUUAAAAAAAUUAUAAAAAGCAACAACACAAUAAAGAUAUUCAUUCGCAUUACCAUUUUCCACAUGAAUAACUGUAUAUUUGUAACUGUAUAUUUGUAACUGUAACUUAGUGGUUCAUCGAAUUCAUUAACCCGCCACGUGAGUGAUCGUGCAGCACACCUAAAACACCAGCGCAUACAUUUGGUCUGCAAAGUUGUUCAAAAAAAGAAGACGAAGCAGAAGUAGCAAAAAGCGCAAUUAACCUAAAAUUGCAAUAGUAAAAAUUUGAAGUGAAAAGAAAAUUGAGCAAAAAAUAAAUUUUACUUCUUUUACAUUUAAUUUACAAACAAUUCCGACAAGUGUUUGGUGUGAAAAAAUCGCAGUUGCAACACAGUUAUAGUGUUGUUGUUGUAAAAAAUUGUUGUAGCAAGUGCAAGAAAUACGUUGUUGCAUACAUUCACCUCACCCUAACCACCAACAACCAACAACAACAAACGCUUACAAAUAUGGAUGUCGCUUGGCGUUUUCGUAUUAUGAUCUUCACAGCGUUAGCCUUGAUGUUGUUCGGCGAUUUUUACGGUUAUGGCAGUGUACGCGGCGUACAAUCGGAUACAAAUCAGGCGUCGGCGGCAGCGGCAGUCGCCACCACCGGACCGGGCAAAUUCCAACAGAGCGACGCGGAUAUUGAAAUUGGCGAAGACACCGAGAUCAAUGAGUUCUCCGCUGUUGCGCUUCAACGAAAGCAAACAUCACUCAAAUCACAACUAACAGAUGCCAUCAAGGAGUCUUGCCUGCCAAAAAUGCUCUGCGAAAUGUCCGCAAAGCCAGAAUAUAUGCUCACCGAAAAGGAGAAGGAUCUCUUGUACUUGAUAAGAUCAUCCACCAUGUCGCUGGCAAUGAAUGCAGCGCCCAGUAAGUGGCACUUCGCCGCUCACAUGGGUGAAUUACUACGGUAUACAGGAGAUGAUAAUAGCGGUCCCAUGGGUUGUGCCAAUUUGUGGCCAAAUUGUCCCAUAAGUUCGAAGAAGUUAAUGAAGUUAUCGCAUAAAGUGAAGCUGUAAAAUAAUGUUUAACCCACUCGAUUAAGGAUAUAUAUAAUUAAGAUGAAUGAAGGCGAAAAUCACAAAGGUUUACCUAAAUGAUAAAUAAAAUGUCAAAGUCAAAUGGAGGGAGAGA